GGAAGGAUGCCCGAAGACGUCAUGACUGCAGGACUCUGCUUCCAUUGAUAGGCAUAUUACUGGAGGAGGAGAAAGUUUCGAGGAAUCACUGAAUUGAAGGUGGUUAUAGGACUGCGGCCGACCUGCUGAGGUGGGAGGCUGGAAAACAUACUCGAUAAAGUGAUCAAAUCACUGCUGCAGCAUAGACAUUCGAUUGAAACGCUGCUCCUUUUGGCGCGAGUGCGUCUUCUGAUUUUCUUCAAUUUACACACAGUGCGGUGAGUUCCCUGCCCUUUCCGAACCAUGCCGUCUCGGUGCCCUCUCCUGUGUCACCUAGCCAUGCUACUCUGUGUGUGGGCACUAUGCCAGGCCCAGUCAGACACCGAGCUUCCCCCUGGCACCCCCAUCAUCCAGCUGCGUCUGGCAGGGGACAAACGCAAGCACUACGAGGGCCGGGUGGAGGUCUACUACAAUGGCGAGUGGGGCACGGUGUGCGACGACGACUUCUCUAUCCAUGCGGCCAACAUAUUGUGCAGAGAGCUGGGCUACGUGGAGGCCGUGUCCUGGUCCCCGUCCUCCAAGUACGGCAAGGGAGAAGGUCGGAUCUGGCUGGACAAUGUCCACUGUUCAGGGCGGGAGAGAACACUGGCCCAGUGUAAGUCCAAUGGCUUCGGAGUGUCCGACUGCAAACACUCUGAGGACGUGGGAGUGGUGUGUAACCAGAGACGCAUCCCCGGCUUCAAGUUCAUCAGUAGCUUCACCAACAGUGUGGAGAGUCUGAAUGUCCAGCUAGAAGAGGUGCGUAUCCGGGCUAUCUCCUCCCAGCGUAAAAGGGUCCCCAUCACAGAGGGCUACCUGGAGGUGAAGGACGGGGGGAAGUGGAGACAGAUCUGUGACGAAGAGUGGACAGAGAUGAACAACAGGGUCAUCUGUGGGAUGUACGGCUUUCCUGGAGAGAAAGGAUACAACACUAAAGUCUACAAGCUGCUGGCCAAGCGGAGGAAGAAGAACUACUGGGACUUCGGGGUGAACUGCACGGGGAACGAGGCCAGCCUGCAUGGCUGUAAGUUGGGCCGCAAGGUGGAGCUGAAGGGGAACGCCACCUGUGAGAAGGGGAUGCCUGUGGUGGUGAGCUGUGUCCCAGGACGGGCAUUUGCUCCCAGCCACGCCCAGGGCUUCAGCAAGGCCUACAGGGUGGAGCAACCCCUGGUGCGUCUGAGAGGUGGGGCCAACAUAGGAGACGGGCGAGUGGAGGUGCUGAAGAACGGCGAAUGGGGCACCGUCUGUGAUGACAGCUGGAACCUAAAGGCAGCGUCCGUGGUGUGUCGAGAACUGGGCUUCGGGAGUGCAAAGAUGGCCCUCGCUGGAGGCAGGCUGGGACAAGGAAUGGGCCCAGUCCAUAUGAAUGAGGUGGAGUGCUCUGGCUUUGAGAAGUCCCUCACAGAGUGUUACUUCAACAGAGAUGCCCUGGGCUGCAGUCAUGAGGAGGACGCUGCAGUUAGAUGUAAUGUUCCUGCCAUGGGCUUCCAGAACAAACUGCGUCUGAGCGGUGGGCGGAACCCGUUUGAGGGGCGUGUGGAGGUGCUGGCGGAGAAGAAUGACUCGCUGGUGUGGGGCACAGUGUGUAGUGAUAGCUGGGGCACCAUGGAGGCCACGGUCGUGUGCAGGCAGUUGGGCCUUGGGUUCGCCAGCAACGCCUUCCAGGAGACGUGGUACUGGCCGGGAGACGUGAGGGCUGAUGAUGUGGUGAUGAGCGGGGUCAGGUGCUCAGGAACGGAGAUGACCUUGGCCCAAUGCCUCCAUCACGGGAAACACCUCCACUGCCCUCAAGGGGGAGGGCGCUUCGCUGCUGGUGUAUCCUGCUCCGAGUCGGCCCCAGACUUGGUUCUCAACGCUCAGGUGGUGGAACACACCACAUACCUGGAGGACCGGCCAAUGUACAUACUGCAGUGUGCCAACGAGGAGCACUGUCUGUCCAGCAGCGCUGCCAUCGCCACACCCUCCUCCUACCGUCGCCUGAUGCGCUUCUCCUCCCAAAUCCACAACAACGGACAGUCCGACUUCCGCCCCAGGGCUGCACACAACUCCUGGGUCUGGCACGACUGCCACAGACACUACCACAGCAUGGAGGUGUUCACCCACUAUGACCUGCUGAGCCUCAAUGGCACCAAGGUAGCAGAGGGACACAAGGCCAGUUUCUGUCUGGAGGACACCCAAUGUGAAGAGGGUAUUGAGAAGAGGUACGAGUGUGCUAACUUCGGGCAGCAGGGCAUCACUGUUGGCUGCUGGGAUACAUACAGACACGACAUCGACUGUCAGUGGAUAGACGUGACAGACGUCGUUCCAGGAGACUACAUCUUCCAGGUUGUAAUCAACCCCAACUAUGAGGUGGCAGAGUCCGACUACACCAACAACAUUAUGAAGUGCAGGUGUCGAUAUGAUGGCCACCGGAUAUGGACGUACAACUGUCAUAUAGGUGGCUCAGUGAGUUCUGAGUCAAAGGAAUCCUCUUUCCCUGGUCUCUUGAAUAACCAGCUGGGACACAGGUAGAGUGGAUGGACUCAAUAGAAAGAUCGGGAGGAACAUUUUAUUUCGCGAAACUGAUGAGAAUGACCAGCAAGACUUGUGACAUUAUCAACCACUAGAGGGAGAGCUGUACUGUGUUCCCUCCCUAUUGGUGCUGGAUGAAAAUGUAAAAGCCUUUCUCACCUCAAUACCAACAUUUGAUAUAAGGACAUUUCAGACAAAGAAAAACCUGUUUUAAAGAUCCAGCUUGACAAAGCACCGGUCUUUACUGAUCUCACUAAUUUCCU